GGCGAUAAUUCGGCAUCGUACUGAUCGGAACCAAAUAUUGUCAUGUAAUCAACAUUUUCUCUACUGUUGGAACUACAAGAAGCGGUGUAACAAGUUGUCCAGAAAUUGACCAUGUCCAGUAAUCAUCCAGGAAAUGUCCUCGUCCAACAAUCAUCCAGCGAAUGUCCACAGUGUCCAGCAAUCAUCCAGGAGUCGUCCACAAAAUAUCCAGCAGUCUUCCAGGAAAUUCCCUCGCCGAACAAUCGUCCAGAAUAUGUCCUCCGAUACGUCGUUCUCCAAUGAUAUUCAAUAUGGACUUCCUUAUGUCAAAGAAAUGCCCAGUGAAUCAGAUACCGAUAUGGAAUAUGUUGGUGAUUCAUUCGAUGUCGUGUCUAUGGGAUGGGCCCAGAAGGAGAAGGAGGCUACUGGUCAAGACAUAAUACAAAUGAUGACACUGGCAGACUAUGACAUGCUGGAUAACCGCCGCGUAAAAAAAAAAGAAGUUCUGAAUCAAGAUCAAGAUAACGAUUGCAUCAAGGUUACUGAAGAACGGUUGCCCUUGACCAAGAAACGUGGGCCAUAUCGAAAGUAUACAUCUAAACGAGUCGAAGAUCUUAUCAAGUACGUGAUUGAGGAUGGAGGAUCGGCGAAGCGGGCUACAUAUCUAGCUGGUACAAACGAGAGAACUGGUCAAAACUACGUGCGUAAAUAUAAAUUGGAUGAAGAGCAGAGUUUUUGAUAAAGUACCUUGAAGACAACACCGAUCCUACUACUUUGCGGAUGGCUGCUGAUGCUUUAUUCAAGGAAUUGGAAAUCACUAUUAUGCCUUUUUUGAAUCCGAUCGAAGAAUUUUGGUAGAAGAUCAAAGGUGGGAUAGAAUUUUAGAAGCUGCCGGAUAUGUUACUUUCGAAGAUUGUCAAGGAUGGAUCCGGCGCGCAAUCACUUUCUUCGAUUGUUAUCUAGUAGGAAAAAGAAUGGUGGUGCGAACUUAAAAAAUAAGGCAACGUAAACUCGUUUUUUUUUUUUUUCUAUUAUCGUAAACUAGCAAAAAAACUCCUGUCCAUCCCUCCCCCCGAAAAAACCAAUAAAA